CCCGUGCGUUCUUUCGCUCUUUGGCCCCUUUCGUGCUUCACUCUUCUAUCUCUCACCACAUGGCUGCCUUGUCUGGCCAUGAUCGCCAAUUCAGAGCCAGGAUCUUUCACUGGGUUUAUCGUGGGUCCAAUUCCCCUCACACCUCCCUCUAAUUGCAACGUCAAAUGA